GCCUCUUGCGUCAUGAGGGAAAGACCCAAGUUCAACUCGGCUACUGCACUUGACACCAAAUCUUCUUGAAAACGCAGCGGCUGACGACCUAUAUAAAAGCGGACAGAUGAGUACAGGAAACGUUUUUAUCAGUUCUAUUAUAGCUAAGUUAGCAUGCUUACUUCUCAGUUUAAAGCAGAAUGAAAGCUAUUAAGAAGUACAAUAUGAACACUGUUGCACCAGGAAUGAAAAUGAAACUGAAACUGUAUUUGUUCUUGUGUGAGGUAAUAUACAAUUAUAGACAUCAGGGCUGUUUGAUUAAUAUCAAAUAGGAAUGUGUGUGCUAUUAAUUGUUAGUUGACUUACGUCCUAUGGGUGCAAGCUUUGUCUUCUCCUGCUUGUUAAGCUCUGCAUUUUUUCUCUUAACCCAAAGACGCCAGACCUCCAGGCCCUCCUCAGGCUUCAGGCAGAUAGGAACCAUGAUCUCUGUAGGCUGCUCAGCAUGAGCCUCCGUCUCUAUGUGACCCUGCACAAAACCAAAAUGAAAUCAUAAUCACAAUUAAUACUUUCUGCUUAUCCAGGGCAUCAAGAAUAAAAAGCAUCUUUAUAAUCACAUGAUGAUAACUCAGCUAGGUAAAUUUGUAAUUACUUAAGUAAGUUGUAGUUGUUUAGUCUAUCAAAUUCCAGAGUUUGAAUAUUCUUAGGAAUAAAAGGUUUGCUCUUUGAAAAGGGUAUAUUAGCAUUACACUAUUAGUUGAUCCUUACAUCAGUGCCACAGAAGAGUGACAGAAUGUUGUUAAUACUAAAAACUGAUUAUAGCACAGGACAAAUUCAGUUAAAGAAAGUCUGUUCGAACCUGCAGAUGGAGCUGCUGGUCUUGUCCCUCUUCUCCUUGACCGUGCUGCUGAUUUGGGUCCCAUAUGUGUACCGACUGUGUGGUGUUGUAAGACCCUCCUACAGUCUGCACUGCCACAGGGAUAUGAAUGUUCCCGUUCAUGAACUGCGCUGGGAACAAGGUCUGCACUAUUUCUUCCUGCGUCCCAGUUGAGGGCGACUGCACAUCUGCUGACCUUGAUGAAGGACUGGGGGACAUUUUGUCCUUACCAUUGGUGGUGGUCACUUGCAUUGUGUUGUACGUGUCCUGUGGUAUGGUGAUGUGAGUAACCCCCUGCUGCUGUGGAGAGGAGUAAACAGGGAUGGUCCAGGUUUCGCCUGUGGGACCUGUGAUGGUUCCUGUAGUGCUGUACAGUUGAGCGCUGUCAACAGUGAGCAAGUCUGGUCGUAGGGACACAUAGCUCUGCUGCUGCCCUUGAGGGAUGGCUACAACUGUGGCCACCUGCUGGCCCUGUGGAACUGCGUAAGACACAGACACAGGGACAUCCACCUUACGCUUCUUGGCAGGUUGGAGGACAGUUGAGACAGUGGAGGACCUCCUCUCCGCCUCUCUGGCAGAGUCCUGUUGCUGUGAUGGAGACGUGGUUUCUAUGGUCCGAAUUUGGAUCUGUUGGCCAUCUUGUAGUUGAAUUUGCUGGCCACCUUGUAGCUGAAUCUGUUGGCCACUAUGUAGCUGAAUUUGCUGGCCACCUGGUAGCUGUAUGUGUUGGCCUCCCUGUAGCUGAAUUUGUUGGCCACCCGGUAACUGAAUUUGCUGGCCACCCUGUAGCUGAAUUUGCUGGCCAUCAUGUAGCUGAAUUUGUUGGCCACUCUGUAAUUGAAUUUGCUGGCCACUUUGUAAUUGAAUUUGUUGGCCACCUGGUAACUGAAUUUGCUGGCCACCCUGGAGCUGAAUUUGCUGGCCACCCUGGAGCUGAAUUUGUUGGCCACCUGGUAACUGAAUUUGCUGGCCACUCUGUAGCUGAAUAUGUUGACCAUCUUGUAGUUGAAUAUGUUGACCAGCUUGGAGUUGAAUUUGCUGGCCGCCUGGCAGCUGAAUAUGCUGCAUUCCUUGCAACUGGAUUUGUUGUCCUCCAGCUACAGCAGCCACCAGUUGCGCCUGAAUCUGUGGAACACAGUUGAAAUAAUCAACAACCAGAAUCACAUUAAAGCACUUGAUAUCGGUAACUGUUUAACUACAUCCAGGACCUGCUGCUGCUGCUCCUCUGUAAGCUCUCCCUGCUGGAUAAAAUGUGCUGUUGAGAUUCCCUGCAGGUCCUGCUGAGAGGGGGCGGCAACCUGAAGAACCUGGCCAACGGUUUGGUCCUGCUGUUCCUGGAUCUGAACCUGGCACAGUGCAAGAGUUUGAGAAAUAAACAGAACUGUCAGAACACAUAAAGAAAAGAAGGACCUUACUUACACCGUGAAGUACUUUUUUCCCCCAGAUCUAUGAAUACUGAGUUGAUCAAACUUCUUCUCCACAGAGGAAGUCACUAAACUCUAUGUGUUUUUGUUGCUCACGGUGAGUGGUAUAAGGGCAGCAAGGGCAAAGAUAGUUCACCCCAUCUCCACUAUAACCUAAAGACUCAAACACCAUGCUGCCUUUUCUUUUGUUUUCGUAUUGGCAAAGAGUAAUGAGAGCGUUUCUGUACCUAUCAGGCCCUAUCUGUCUGGUGCAAUUUAAGCAUGGAAAGAAACUGACAGUGCCAUAUAAACUAACCUGCACCUGAAGCUGCUGUUCAGACUCUUGAUGCACAGACAAAUGAGGUGAAAUCUCAGCCGAUGUCACCUGUACCUGUCAUAAAGCAUGUACAUGUAUGAAGUGAAUAAUAUAAUUCAACAUCCACAACCAUAACAAAAAAAGACCUGCUCUUACCGGACAAGCCAACUCCAAGAGAGAGCCAGCCACCUCUGUGCUGUCUGCGUACACACAGUUGGUGUCUUGCUGUUGGUACACCAUGGCUGUUGUGGUGGCUGCCCCUCCCUGCUGGCUGAACUCCUGCAGCACCUCUGGGCCCUUGGAGAGAGACUCCAGAAACUCCUUCAUCCUGUGCUGAGGGACUGUGCGGGCCUUCUGCCGCACAUACUCAUCAAAAGAGACCACCCCACUCUCCUGCUCAUUCAUCCUCAAGACCUAGAAAGAAAAUAAAACAUUUAAAAAAUCUAGUCCAAAACAGCUUACUUUGACAAUGUAUAAGCACAGAUAUCUAUCAUGAAGAUGAUUCAAGGAAGCAUGGGCAGUGCAAUAAUACAAGCAAGAAAUAAUUAGCUAAAUAGUAUAUCUAAAACUGUAAUUUAAAAAAGGGGGCGUUGAAUUAACAUAGGAAGCCCACGGUCCAAAGUGCAUUUUUCAAUACAAUGACUGCUAGUGCACUUUUCUAGUAACUUAAAUAUUACGUUCACAUAUUUUGAUCACAGCUAGGUCUAAAAUGUUAUAAUAUGAACAACGAUUUUAGAUACAUUUUAAAGCACCAAUAGUAUAUAUGCCUGACUUUACAUCCUACAACUGACUAAUAAUAGUGUCUACGUUACAGCUAGUGGCUAACAAGUUAGCUUUACGAUGCUAGCAAGACACUGUUUUGUGCCAUAUGGAUAGUUGGCUAGAAACCGCUAUUUAUAAAUAAGAUAAUCGAAUAACCGAUGUGAUAUUUACAGUAAAUUGUGCGACCAGGUGACACAUUUCGCUCAUAGCACAAGUUAACAAAUAUUAAAGCAACAGUACAUUCCUAGCAACGCUAGCUAACCAUUGUGCUAAGGUUAGCUAGCUAGCUCAAUGGCUCUGAAUCCUGUCAUGCUACCUUAAAUAAAACGAAAUCCUCUCCUUUCCGCCAAGGCACGGUGUUUAAAACUAAAAAAGCCGAUAACGUCUAACAGCUACCACCAGCACACCAUUCACUCCAUCACACAGUGUGUGUAGCGACGUUUUAAUCCUGCAAACAAUGCUGUGAUUAUAGAUUGCGAUAAAAAUGUAGGAGCAGCGGCAGCGAGGAGGCGAGGUCUGACGUCUGAUGAGGUCCAGGCACGCCUCGGUGUAAAACUAGUUUCACAGCUACAGGAAAGCACACGAUUCAUACAUCCAACUGAAACUCAAGUGCUGUUGCUAAAACAUACACAACACAACUACAUACGCAAAUACGUCCACUGUUUAUUCAGUGAGAUACAAAAUAACGGAAGUAUAGGCCCCGAAAACAACGCGACUGCUCUCAAGACUGCUCUGCAAGGCGACGGCCUGCCGCGGUGUCCUGUGAACAAGAAGAGUUUCCAUCCUGAGAAAACACCAUGCAAGCAUGCACUGUAGGCCUAUCUCACAAGCUUCUGCCUUAAAGAGCCAGGCAUGUGCUGCUGAGGGCCUCCCCCAGUACUCUCCACAACAAACUGCCUCUCGCCCGUCUUAAGGUGGACCAGCAAAGAUGCACUGUGUGCAUAGGCUACGUCCUUCACACACUGGAUAGGAAAGAGUUAAUUCCCACACUCACUGCAGACUGCUGGGGCUCUGUAGUGGAAGUGGUGGUGGGGGUAAUAAACGGGACAUCAGAAUGGGAGGCUGCCAAGUAACCAGCCAACUUUAAUAGGAGUAAGACGUCAUCUUGAUGGCUGUGAGCAUGUCUGUAAAUCCAAUGUGUUGAACCCUGACUGUGAUGCUAUUCAUAUACAUCAAUACUAAAAUCAGAUGCUACACAUGCUUCUGAUGCAGCUAGAAGUGGAGUGCUACCCAUGACGUACCACAAGGAAGCAAAGCAAAAGGAAUGACAGGUUUCGACAGCCCUGAUCUCUUCAAACAAUGGCGGCAUCUUACUCAAUGAACCGGAACCUGUCGGGACCUGUAGGUCCCUGUGCGCUUGGUUUGAGUCCUUGUGUAUUUCUUGCAAACUCUAAUGGUACCAAUCUGCUCUGGGAUGACAUGGGGUGCACACUGGCAUUAGCCUGGGAAUUUCAUGUUUUUGGAUCAGCCAGCCUUUUCAUAUUGAUGGCAGUCCUGGCAGCUUUGGGAGUGGUUGGUGCAUGCACUCUUCCCCAUCCUGUUUGCGAAGCCUUGAUUUUGACAAAUUCUCUGCUGAUGCUAAGUGGUAGUCUGCGUGGUGUCAUCCUACUCCUCGAUCCUUAUGGCACCAAUGGUAUCCUGCCCCGUGCAACUCUGACGGCACUUCAUAAUGUUCCUCUGCUGUUCCUGCUAUGGACCCAGGUGUUCAUUGCUCUGGUCACUUUUAAAGGAUUGAAAUUAUUACUUCUUUCGCUUAAACUGCAGCACUCGUGGGUGGUUGGAUUACUGGCUUUAUCACACUGCACCCUAUUAAUUGCAGCAGACCUUUUUUCUUCAACAUUAUGCCCCACCCUCCCUCUGUUGCUGCAGACCCUUUCUCUCUGCUUUGGCCUUUUUUUCUGCAUGGGAAUCCUCAUCAUGUCUUUCUCUGGUCUACACCCCAGUCUCAGGUCGCCUGUACCUCAGUGGGUUCCCUCACAGAGGAUUGAGAAACAUGCAAAGCGUGUUACAGCAGUGUGCGCCUUCUUCGGGUUUCUCUGCUGCAGCAUUCAGAUGUAUGGUCUCCUCUGGCUUUAUGGGCUUCUCGGGAACUGGAGAUACUUUGGCUGGGGCUGGUGGCUCAGUCAGUUUUGGGCCAGAAUACUCGAGUUAGCUUGGGGUUUUUUUUUGCUUGUCCUUGGAUCCUGGAUCUUUUGGACACCAUCAAGGGGUCAUCAUGGGCAGGGCAGAAUUGAAGUGGCUAAAGCCUUCGAGAAGACCAGCUGGUGCAGUAGGAUCUUGGCCAGAAUACGGAGAGGACCACUGAAAAAAUCUGAUAAAACUUGGGAAGAUCUGAAGCCGAGUAACUGGGCAAAGUAUGAUGUGUCCAGAGCAUGUUUCAUCAACAACUUAACAUGUCCGUAUGAUGAUCAACCAUCUAAAAUUACUCCAGAAUACAAUCCUGAACCUGUAAGUAAAAACAGCUCUGACUCUCAAGCUGCACUACUCUGGCAAAAAGUUGGGGAGUGUGAAUGUAUUAUCUCACUUGUAGAAUUCGACAUUCGACCUCUAUCGCCUAUUAACCUCAGGCGCAGCAUUGACAACGCCAUUUACCAUAGGCAGCUUAUAGCAGGACUGCUUAAACUACCACCUUCCCCUUGGACACAAACUAUGGGCAUGGACACCACUGAGGAAAAUUAUGGUACAACAAUAUUCCCUCCAGCUUAUUCGGGCCAUGGAUGGAAUUUGGAUACAGAGUCUCUAUCUGCAUCUGUGGAAAGUAUCGACGCUAAAGAACGGAUACAGUCAGUCGGUGUUACCACAGAUUAUAAUCGUAGUGUUAGGUCUGCAGCUGCUGCAGUGAUGCAUCAGCAUGACUGGUCCGAAGAAGAUGUCACAGACCUCUAAACGUUCUCGAAUUUCAAGAGAUCCACUUAUACUCUCUCCCAUCUAGCCUUCAUGAAAAGGUGCAAUUAAAUGUGGAGAGAGCUUCCACCAGACAAUGGCCUCAUCCAAACAAUAACAAAUUUCCUUGUGUUAUCUAUUCAUAGUCAUUUGACUCCCAUUAACUCUUCUAAAUACAUCUUUAUUUGUUGUAGCAGAAUUGUAUUUACAUGUGGAGAGCAUGGACAUUUUUCUCAGGUUACAUAGUAAGCAUUUCAGGAUGUAUAGAUGCUUAAAUUCUUUGUUUCUAUUCUUGCCAUUUAAAGUUUUGAAUGAAGAAUGGACCAUCUUUCAAUUCAGGUGGGAAAUUCCUACCAUCUGAGUUGACACCUCUCUCUUGCUGUUGUAACCCCACCGGUUAAAAGUCAUGUUUUUGAGGCUCAUCGUUGAUAACAUGUGAAAUCAGCAAAAACUAUUCAACCGAAACAUUUAAUGUGAUUGUAUUUUUUGGUGUAAAAAAGUUUUAAUGAAUUACUCUGACAAAGUCCAUGUGCAAAAGUUGUUUAUUUGUAGCAAGGUUUGUAAAGCACAAAUGCAACUAUUUCAUUCUAAUGUUUGUUCUGCAGUAGUGUACUAAUACAUUCAUUUGAUUAUGGCUUUAAACAUAUCUGUUUAACCUCCUUUUUAGUUGAAUGUGUCAUUGCGAGCAUCAAUGCACUUCUGAUUAAAUCUACCAAGUUUAACUAUUAAAACAGGUUCAGGCAGACCAUCUUCAUCCACUACAUUUUCAUGGAGCACUACUGACUAUGAUGGCCUAGCUCUGCUGUGAUACCAGCACCACCUGUGAUGAUGGUGAAUACUGGUGGUACUACAGCAAAUUUAGUAAAAGUUAAGGGUUGAUAAAUUAACAUUUUGUCAUUUAAUUGGCUUAAAAACUGCUCUAGUUUGUUGUCUCAUCUGUUACGAAAUUGGUUGUAGUGUCUGACAUUUGGAAGUCCCUUAUCAAACUGUUACACAUUUGAUUUGAAGUGCUUUCUGAAGGACUGACCCUCUCUGCACUCUACAACAAAGGUUUGUGCACAGAGCUCAAAGUAUAGUGAGCCCUCUUGUGGUUAAUAACUGAAGCUGA